AUGAGCAAGGUCAUCCGAGGUGUGAGGAUUCUCAGGGAGCUUCUCAUCAUCUCCACCCGAGGGUCCUGGCUGGGCAAAACCAUCUCCAGAACCCUCCUGCAGGGCCAGCAGAGCCAGGAGCAGCUGUCGGAGCUGGAGAAGGCCAUGGACGCCAUCAUCGACGUCUUCCACCAGUACUCGCGCCGCGAGGGGGACAGGGACACCCUGACCAAGAAGGAGCUCAAGAUGAUGAUUGACAAGCAGCUGGCCAAUUACCUGAAGCACGUGAAGAACAAGGCCACCAUCGACCAGAUCAUGAAGGACCUGGACGUCAACAAGGACGCCCAGAUCAACUUUGGGGAGAUGAUGCUGCUGGUCACCCGUGUCACCUGUGCCACCCACGAGCACCUGCACGAGGUGGAGGACCACCAGCACCAGCACCAGCACCAGCACCACCACUAA